CAGCUCAAGAUCUGGAGAUUGGGUGCAGCAGCACUCAUUUAGACGGGAUGAAGUAAAAUAACAAUGUGUUUGUAGAGGAAUGCGACAUUUCGUGGCGCGGGGAUAAAGGACUGAGGCGAAAGUCUGGGAAAGGUUUUGAUGACGUGCCCGGUGAGCGAUUGGACGUUUGUAGAACAUUGAGACGUGGCGAAUGGUUCGAUAAAAGCAACAGCACAGCUUUUGUUUGGUCUUACUUUUUUUUUAAUCGCCUGAGUCAUGCUGCUAAGUGGGGCUAUUAAAAAGUCACCACGUAAAACCUGGCUGAUAAAGACAGUCUGUUGUACGUAAUACGUAAGACCGGGGAAGCCAUAUUUCUUUAGAAUGGCCUCGACGGACACGCAAUCACCGGGUCAUUUUCACCUGGCGUCUCAGUCUUCAACUGACGACGGUGAAGUUUUCGAGGACAAUGGCUACACACGAAGGCGGUCCUCGUCUGUGUUUUUGGAAAGAACUCAUUCGUUCAGGGACGCUCUUCGGUUAAACCUAGAGCGGAGUAGGGGGGUGUCGGAGGCCAAGUCACAGGGAGAGGAGUUAAUGAGGCGUUACCUACGACAGGAGAUAGAACGGGCAGGGUUUCCAGUUCCGAGGCCAGCCAUGAUGUCUGUGGACUCACGCCAGUCAUCAGGAGCAGAAGAGGAUGCACAGUCACAACAUAGUUCUGAUGCAAGUCUUCUGGCUAUAGACGUGGAAGCGUUGACUCGUCAGCUGACAUACAUUAUCAAGAAGUAUGCUUUUGUAAGUAAGGGAGAAAGGGAAAAGCUCUGGCAGAAAGCUGCUCAGGAAAUCCAAAGAGAAAACAGUCCAAGAAACAGUUCAGAGUUUGCUGAAGAAAUGAGGAGUCAGCUGUUUAAGAAUGGCAUCAACAUGAAGCGGAUUAUUGUCCUGAUUAUCUUCUGUCGGGACUUGACUGUAGCAAACCUGAGACAAGGCAGGAAGGAGAGGGCAGCAGAUAUUGUGAGCUGGUCAGUCAGGUUCAUUGGAAACUGGGUGUCAGACUGGGUGGCACCAAAUGGUGGAUGGGCCAAGGUGCUGCAGCCUCCUGAAUGCCAGACCAACCGGCUACUGUAUACAGCUGCAACAGUUCUACUGCUCACAUGUGCUGCUGUUGGACUGGGAGUCCUCUUCCAACACAAAAGACUUCAAUGAUGAGUAGCUUCCAGCCUAUCCUUCCCUAACAAAAUGUGCAAUGCUAUCACAGGUAACAUUACAUGGGAACACAUGAUGGCCAAGAGGCAAAAAAAGCUUAGUGCUAUGGACAUGUCUGAAUGUCUGAAUGUCUGUAAAAUUCUAAUGAUGUGCACAUUACAAAAACAGCAAAAACUUGAAGUUACAAAACAGCAUCAUUAUGCACAUAUGAAAUACUGUGUAUAUUGUAUUUUGAAAGGUAGAGAACACAUUGUAACAUUUUGAGAGUUAUGGUAACAAAUUUUGGGGAUUGACAUAACAUUUUCUCUCCAAUCUCAGUCACUAUAGCUACUUCUAGUAUCAAAUCUGUGCAGUUGUAUAGCUGAUAUCCAUAAAAAGUAUUUUGUUUCCAAUAGAACAAAACUCCAUUAUAUUGCAUGUACAUGUAUAUUAUAGUACAGAUACCUAAACAAGGCUCUUAGUCUAUAUGGCUGAAAAUUUGUUCUGUCCAGUCAGUUUUGUAUCACGGAACGAGCAUUAAAUGCAUGUAAAUCUAGACUAACCAUGUCCUUAAGUUUGCACACAUAGAGCCAGAUAGUACAUCAAAUGAAAUGUACAUGUAUUUGCUGUUUCACUUCCACAUAAGAAAGUUGUUGCAAUUGGAGAAAUUUAUGCUGUACAGGAUAACAAAUAAAGAAAUACUUGUCAUACAAGUGACAGUAAAGAUUUGUUUGUGGACCUUUUAUUUGUGGAGCCUGAUGACUUCAGAUAGUGUAAAUAUAGAGUUUUGUUAUAUCUUAAGCAGAGAAAACAAAAAUUGCCCUUAGUAUGUUUGCUUCCAUCUUUGGUGUCAGGUAGUAUAUACAUUCAUUGCAUUCAUGUGACAUCUGCCAUGUUGUGAUGUUACAUGCAAAUAUCCUAUUGAAACUGGGUUUGGGAUUCAUCCCAGGCUAGAUUGUUAGUAAUACAGAUUCACAAGUGGUUUGAGGGGAUUUGUCAGUAAAAUACAUGACCUCUUGCCUUUCUCAUGCUCAGUAUUAUACCCAAAUAUAACAUUUAGUGAUCAAAAGGUAGAAUCAUAUACAGCAAGAAAGAGAACCAAAUUGUGUUUAUGCACACACACAUUGCAACACAUGAAAUUAAACAAAUUACAAUGUCUCUCUUUACUGAGCAGGAAAGUUGCUGGUAAAAGUUCCUGGGCAAUCGCCUUGUACUGUAGAAAUGUACAUUUAGUGAUGAUAUACAUUUAUAUCUCACCCACAUGU